AACGCCCCCACCCCCCCCCCCGCAGCAAGAUGGUGCAGAAGAAAUCAGAGAUCCCGGGGUUCCAUCGCUCCUUCAAGGGACAAAACCCCUUCGACCUGGAGUUUGACCAGUCCAACCACCUGGAGCCCGUCUUCAACUUUGAGUGCCCGUCCCGUCCUGACAUGCCUUCAAGUCAACCCAUCGAUAUCCCGGACGCCAAGAAAAGGAACAAGAAGAAGAAGCGCUGCAGAGCCACCGAUAGCUUCUCCGGCAGGUUUGAAGAUGUUUAUCAGCUGCAGGAGGAGGUGCUGGGGGAAGGGGCCCACGCCAGAGUCCAGUCCUGCAUUAACCUCAUCACCAACAAGGAGUACGCGGUGAAGAUCAUCGAGAAGCGCCUGGGACACAUCCGCAGUAGGGUUUUCCGCGAGGUGGAGAUGCUGUACCAGUGCCAGGGACACAGGAACGUCCUGGAGCUGAUCGAGUUCUUUGAGGAGGAGGAGAGGUUUUACCUGGUGUUUGAGAAGAUGAGAGGAGGCUCCAUCCUGACCCACAUCCACCGGAGACGCCACUUCAACGAGCUGGAGGCCAGCGUGGUGGUGCGGGAUAUCGCCAGCGCCCUGCACUUUUUGCACAACAAAGGAAUCGCACACAGGGAUCUAAAACCAGAAAAUAUUCUGUGUGAGAGCCCAGAUCAGGUCUCCCCGGUGAAGAUCUGCGACUUUGAUUUGGGAAGUGGCAUCAAACUCAAUGGCGAUUGCUCUCCCAUCUCCACCCCAGAGCUUCUCACCCCGUGCGGCUCUGCUGAGUACAUGGCCCCAGAGGUGGUGGAAGCCUUCAACGAGGAGGCGUCCAUCUAUGACAAGCGUUGUGACCUGUGGAGCUUGGGUGUCAUCCUGUACAUCAUGCUGAGUGGGUACCCCCCUUUCGUGGGCCACUGCGGCUCCGACUGCGGCUGGGACCGGGGCGAGGCGUGCCCUACCUGCCAGAACAUGCUCUUUGAGAGCAUCCAGGAGGGGAAAUACGAGUUUCCCGACAAGGAUUGGGCGCACAUCUCCUUUGCAGCCAAAGACCUCAUUUCAAAGCUGCUGGUGAGAGAUGCCAAGAAGCGGCUCAGCGCGGCGCAGGUCCUGGAGCACCCUUGGGUGCAGGGGUUUGCCCCAGAUAACACCCUGCCGACCCCCAUCAUCCUGCAGAGGAACAGCAGUGCCAAAGAGCUCACCUCCUUUGCUGCCGAGGCCAUCGCUGUCAACCGCCAGCUGACACGGCGCGAUGAGGAUGAGGAGGAGGAGGCGGAGGAGGAAGCACGACCCAUCAUCAUCAAAGCUACCUCACGGGCCAUGCAGCUCUCCCCACCCUCCGAGUCCAAGCUGGCCAAGCGGCGGCAGAAGAGCAGCCUGGCCAAAGCGGUGGCCGCCGGGCAGCACCUGGUGGCCCCUUUAGUCCUGGUGGCCGACCAAGCCUGAGCUGUGCCCCUCAGACCUGCUGUCCCCAUCUCCCCCUUCCUCUUUCUUUCUGUCUUUCCCCUCCCAUCCCCUAAAAACCCCACCAUUUCUGGCUGGUGACAAGAUCAGGACUCGUCCCUGUGGCUGGUUUCCAAGGUUUUGCUGAUCUUGUAGGUCUGGGGGUGGGAGGGUUUGUUUAAGAUCUUUCUUUUUUUAAGGUAUUAAAUCAAGCGUGAGGUUGCUUCACCCAGGGCACACUCAAAGACAUCUGACGGACACACGGACUUUUGUUUCCCUGACUCUUGGUUUCUCCUCUGACAUUUUUUUCCCCCCCCCCCCCUCCCCUGACACCAAAGGACUCUUUGUAUCCGCGGCUGCUUUGACGAUUUCAGCUCAUUUCAUACUGUGAACAAAAGCUCCUCGGUCGCAUUUUCAACAAUGGGAGUUGCGUUUUAACCUCAUCCCUCCCCUUGGAGCUGCGGGUUUUUCUCUGAUGUUGGGGUAGAUCCCACAAACCCCAUUUCCUGGGUGUUUUGAAGGCACCUUCUGGUGCAGGGAACCCCUCCGUCCUGUGCUUUGCAUCCCCAGCUGUGCUCCAGGGGGAUGGGGUGAGUUGUGCAGGGAACGGCUCGUGCCGGGGAGAGACGGUGCCAGCGAGGGUACAACACCCUGUCCCACCGAGGCGCUCUCUUUCCUUGGCAGCCUGCUUCCAGAAUAAGCUAUUCAGUCCAUUAUUUUAUUUUUUUUUCUUCUUUUUAUUAAUUAUUCUUAAUUUUAAACUGCUAGCUGUGCUUCUCUCCAGGGCACGGAGAAUUGUCUUCCUUUCCUCCUGCGCUCCAGCCAGCGGCAUCCCAGGGGUAAGGUCAGAGCUGAGGGGGAUGCGCAGGCAGCCGGGGCCACGCGUUUGUGCUAGGUUGGGUGUUGCAUCCCUGUCUUUGUAGGAAGGGCUCAUGCCUUCGUGGAGCCGCGAGGAGGAAUGAGGUCUCCAGGGUAGCUGGAGCAGCCACAAAAUAGUAGUGGCGUGCUCUAUGGAAAGAAAGGAAACUCUGCUCCGUUAAAGAGCUUUGGGAUCUGGCACAGGGUGGUGGGACCUAGCAUGGCAUCGGGCUGGCCCCGUGGCUGCAGUGCUGGAAGCAUCUGGGGGUGCAGAGGGUGCUGAGUGCCCAGGGAUGCAGAUGGGUGAGCAGCCAGGCUGGUGGCAGCAUCCAAAGGACCUGGGAUGUGGGUGCAGGAUGAUGGGGAUGAAGGUUUAGGGUCAGGGCAGCAGCACCCAGGCAGUGCGUGGUCUGAUGGGUGGCUGGGGGAGCUGGGUAUGCGUGUCCGUGCUUGUGCAUCCAUGUGCUUGACCGUUUGCCUGCACAGCGUUGCCCUUGAAGCUUGCUUUGGGGAAGGGAGGGAAUGCAUGCAAGGAGGGACUUGGGAUGCUGAAUUGGGACAAAGGCCCUUGGCUGGUUUUGCUCUGUCUGGGCAUGUGGUGUCUGCACUUGAAGCCAGGCUGGCCUCCAGCUCCUCCAAACCCUGCCUUGGACCAAGCUGGAGCAGCAAACCUCUGCUCCCUGCUGCGGUCGUGCCACUGAGCUGUGCCCGCUGCUGUCCCCACGUCCCCUGGCAGGGAGGGUGCCCCUUCCUUAGCAAUCUCCCUUCCAACUCAACGCUUUUGGAGCUCUAUAUUUUGAGAAAGCAGCCUCGGCCCAUGGUGUGUGCACAGGUGAAGGCUUUGGGAGCUUUUUGGGAGCUGGGGAAGAAGCUUCCUCGAGUCUUCAGCUGAAGACAGUCGCUGUCUCCGAAAACAAAAGAGUUCUCCUUUCUAUUUUAAGACUGCUGACAGCAAUACUAUGCAAUAUAUGUUGGUUUUUGUUUCAGGGAGGUGUGUGUGAGUUAUCUUGGGAGAUGAUGAUCCAGGUGUUGAUGGAGUUUGGGGUAGGGACUGUCUUUUCUUGCCCUUCCCAGCCACGUGUGGCAUCGGAGGGUUGGGAGGGCACCUCUCCCACCCCCAACCACCUCGCACUUGCGAUCCACCCUCUCCCCCAGCUGCUGCCGGUCCCAUAACACGGAGAUGGGAGCAGUGGCGAGGGGAGAGACACCCCCUUGCAGGCACUGGGGUGCCCCGAAGAGGCCUCCUUUAAAGGAAAAAAAAAAAGAAAACAAAAUCCAUCUUGAUUGUACGUUGUUACUUUUUAUAGCUUAUUUUGUUUUAUCCAUUGUAGAUAAUUCCUUGUUCUCUUAUAUUAAGAAAUACUUGAAUGAUGUACAGUACGCGAUGCCUUGAGCUGGUAUUGUGAACGCUGUUGUUAAUGCUGCACGCCACAGCCUUUUGUUUUAGAAAGAAAAAUCCUUGUGGGAAGGGGAUGGCAGGGGGUUGGCCCUCCAAUUUAUUGGGUUUUUUUUGUUGUCUCCCCCGUGCUUUUGUUGGCAAACUGAAUUUCCUCCCCUUCCCACGCGUAAGACCCAUCUCUUUUAGAGAGACACACACUCUUUUGAGGGCUGGCACAUGGCUUGGGUGACCGUGCAGCGCGGGAGCUCGUUCCCAGGGGUGCUGUGCUGAUGUCUGGGCAUCCUGAGCCAGGGAUGCCAGCAGAUGCUGUGGGUGUUGGCAUCGAGGGGGAUGGAUGUACCCAGGGAAGCAGCCAGGCUCGUUGCUGGUUGCGUUGCGCUUUGGCUCGGAGGGUUGGUUUGGCCGUGGACCUGGUCCUCCUGGCAUGGCAAUUUAUUGCAGGGGGACACGUGCCACCGGGCUGGGGAGCUGCCAGCAGGUCCAGAGUGCGUGGCAGGGGCUGUGCGGUCGUAGAACAUCCUUGAACGCCUCUUAGAGCUGAGGAAUUGGCUCUUGAGACACCUUGAGCUCUGAUUUAUGGUGGCGCUGGGGAGGGGACCCAUGGGUGCCUCGGCAGGGCAGGUUCUGCACUCGCCAGGUUCGUGCCAGGGCUGAACAUCCCCAGCAGCUCUCCUGGGUGGUUUCCAGACAGAUGCUCCUCAAUCCGUGGUCCAGCACCAGCUAAACCGCGCUCACCAACGCCCUCCUUCCUCCUCUUCCUCUUCCAAAGCCUUUUCCCCCACUGUAGAGCAUCUGUCUUGGAAACCAACUUCAAAAAGAUAUUUUUUGUUGGUUUUUUUUUAAGCUGGAAAUUUUAAGCGUUUUGGCUUCCUCUCUCCUCUCCCCCCCUUCCCCCCCCGCCCUUCCUCCAGCCGACUAACUCGACUUAGAACUGGUUAGAAACGUUUACUGUGAAGCUAACUCUCUUUUUUUAAUCAAAAGAGGAGAAACUUUCUCCACUUUACAACUGAUGAAGACUGCCAAAGCUUGGUUCGACAAGUCACGUUACCGCACUGUUGGGUUGUACACCAGCAGCCUCCGCUUGGGGGGCUGGCAGGGGAAUAAAAAUGAAAAUAAAAACAAAACAAAACAAAAAA